UUCAGUAUCAUACAGAACAUAGAUGGCUUAUGGGUUCUCGAAUUCAAGUGAAUAUAUUCUGUGGAGCAAUGAAAAUGCUAAUAGACGAUCUCUGGAAGAAACUGCUGCCUGGGAAACUGUGUUACAUUUUUUCUUUCCAACAACAUGCAUUCGAAAGGAGAAUCAGGUGGUAACGCCUUGCAGCCAGCUGCACGAUUUUAGCAAAAGUGAAUGUUUGGACCGCAAAUGCUGUUAUUCGUCAUCUAAGACCAGUAACUUCCACUGUUUUCUCCUGCUAAAAGACAAGCCUACGCAGAUGUUCUGGAUGUUUGGGCUUGGUGUGAUCAGCAUGAUCGUCCUGGGAUGUCUGCCCAUUUGUUGCUGCUUGCUUUGCCAGAGGAGCACAUGGGCCAAUCCUUUACGAAGGAAAGUCAACAGAAUUUUAAAGGGUUUGAAGAACCGAAGAAACAAACUAAAGAGGGAUGCUGAAAUUGAAAUGUUAGGGAGAGCAGUAGAUGAGGAAGGAUUAGGUGAUGAAAAGGAGAAGAAGACCGAAGAUAAUGACAAUAGGAUAUAA